CCCUCGCGAACGAGCAGUAUAUCCCACUUCGCUUCUCCUCAUUUUUGUACUCAACAUUACACACUAAAAAAGGCUUUCGUAUUCUUCGAGAAUCUGCGCUCGUCUUCACUCCAUAACCCGAUCUAGGGUUUUUUAUCGUUGCCGAUCUCCUCGCACUCCUAACAUUCUCAUCACUUUUCUGGCCAGAUAUACAGUCGGAAAUGGCGUAUUCAGCACAAACUCUAGAUAUUUCCGGCGACCGCCAGUCCGGUCAGGAUGUUCGCACUCAAAAUGUGACUGCAUGUCAAGCAGUAGCCAACAUUGUCAAAUCUUCGCUUGGACCGGUCGGCCUUGAUAAGAUGCUUGUUGAUGAUAUUGGCGAUGUAACAAUUACUAAUGAUGGUGCUACAAUUCUGAGGAUGUUAGAAGUUGAGCAUCCAGCUGCCAAGGUUCUUGUUGAGUUGGCUGAACUCCAAGAUCGAGAAGUUGGUGAUGGAACAACCUCAGUUGUUAUUAUAGCUGCGGAAUUGCUUAAGGGAGCAAAUGAGUUGGUGAGGCACAAAAUUCACCCAACCUCGAUUAUCAGUGGAUAUAGGCUAGCAAUGAGGGAAGCAUGCAAAUAUGUCGAAGAAAAAUUAGCUGUUAAGGUCGAUAAGCUUGGAAAAGAUUCUCUUAUUAACUGUGCCAAGACAAGCAUGUCAUCAAAGUUGAUAGCAGAUGAUAGUGACUUCUUUGCUAAUAUGGUUGUUGAAGCAGUACAGGCAGUCAAGAUGACUAAUGUUAGGGGUGAAAUCAAAUAUCCUAUAAAGGGUAUUAAUUUACUUAAAGCACAUGGGAAAAGUGCGAAAGAUAGCUAUCUAUUGAAGGGUUAUGCACUGGAUACUGGCCGUGCUGCUCAAGGAAUGCCUCUGAGAGUUGCGCCUGCACGGAUUGCUUGUCUUGACUUCAAUCUUCAAAAGACAAAAAUGCAGAUGGGUGUUCAAGUGUUGGUAACUGAUCCUCGAGAGCUUGAGAGGAUUCGCCAAAGAGAAGCUGAUAUGACAAAAGAACGGAUUCAGAAACUUUUGAGUGCGGGAGCCAAUGUCGUCUUGACUUCAAAAGGAAUUGAUGACAUGGCACUGAAGUACUUUGUGGAAGCUGGUGCCAUUGCGGUUAGACGUGUACGCAAAGAAGAUUUGCGCCAUGUUGCCAAGGCAACCGGCGCAACUGUGGUCUCAACAUUUGCAGAUAUGGAAGGAGAAGAAACUUUUGAACCAUCAUUUCUUGGACAUGCUGAUGAGGUGGUGGAAGAGCGGAUUGCUGAUGAUGACGUGAUUAUGGUUAAAGGAACCAAAACCUCAAGUUCGGUUUCAUUAAUACUUAGAGGUGCAAAUGACUAUAUGCUUGAUGAAAUGGAGAGGGCCCUCCAUGAUGCUUUAUGCAUUGUGAAGAGAACACUAGAGUCAACAACUGUCGUUGCUGGUGGUGGAGCUGUUGAGGCUGCUUUAUGUGUCUACUUGGAGUACCUAGCUACUACUCUUGGGUCAAGGGAGCAGCUGGCUAUUGCACAAUUUGCUGAAUCCUUACUUGUCAUACCAAAGGUUCUUGCAAAUAAUGCUGCAAAAGAUUCUAGCGACUUAGUAUCUAAACUACGUUCAUGCCACUACCUUGCUCAAACCAAAGCUGAUAAGAAGCAUUUGUCUAGCAUGGGACUGGACCUAGCAAAGGGCACUGUGCGAAAUAACUUGGAAGCUGGGGUGAUUGAGCCUGCAAUGAGCAAAGUAAAAAUUAUACAGUUUGCUACAGAAGCAGCUAUUACCAUUCUGAGAAUUGAUGACAUGAUAAGGCUUGUCAAAGAUGAGAGCCAGAAUGACGAGUAGGGUUAGGCAGAAGAUAGACCUGGACUUGUUCUAUUGGAGCCAAUGCGAGUGUUUGAUGGACUUGCAAUGCAUGUUUCAUUGCCCUUUUUAGAAUUGAUCCCACCAGCUCUUGUUGAUCCAGAAUGGGUUUUUGUUUUUCCCAUGAAAUUAUUCCUUAAUCUUGUGAUUUGUUGUGAGUUUAAUAUUGAAGAGAUUUGUCAACACUAGGAAAAUUUAAAGUAAAAUCUUCUUAGAAUACUGAAUAGGUAAAUUUGAAGUUUUGUUUUUAGCUGGUUUAUCCUUGUGUUUAAAAUGUUGGGACUGGUUCCUUAUUCUGAAAGUACUACGUUGGUAUUUUCCCUUUAAAGAA